GCGGGCUGGAAGGGGACUUGUAGUGGAGGAGGGCACAGGCGGACAUAGGGAGACCAUCUGGGGUAAAGAAGCCGGUCUGUAGAUGAGGGGCCGUGUCUAGAACCAAGAUGCACGUUGGGAGAAUGGUGGCUGUAGCCGAGAGGAGGGGCCCCAGCUGGACUGGGAGAUGCAUGUGAGGAGGAGGAGGAACCACCUCGAUGACACUUCGAGGAGAACUGGCCACAAGUAGGCACACACCUGUAAGGCAAAGAAUUCAUAACUGGAUGUGGAAGGCACAUCUGGAGAUGGGAACGUCUCUGAGAUGGAGAGCCACAGCUGGUUGUAGUUAGUGAUCCAUCGGGUUCACAUCUGGGGAAGGGGCCUCAAGUCAGAAGCAGGGAGUCACAGGUGCAUGAAGAAUAUGACUGGAUGAGGAGUUCAUGCCUGGAUGUAGGAAGUACAUCAGGGGAUAGAACAUUUUUAGAGGCGGGCACAGCUGGAUGUGAAUUACAUCUAAGUGUAGACAGAUGGAACAAUGAAUUCCAGCAGAACGGGGGUAUUAGAGGUUACUGCCAAUGGUGAGACACAUCUGCAAAGGGACCCCGACUGUACCUAAUGGUUAAAUCUGCUGAGAAGGGUACCAGAGUUGGAAUUAGGAAUCAGGUUGAUAGGCAACAACUAAAUAGGGGGUAAAGUGGUGAGGGGAGACCAAAGAUACGGUAGAAAUUCAUAUCUGUAGAAAAAUGGGCAUCUAGUUCCUGAUGCUUGGAAGCUCUGUCCAGUGCUUGGACAGAGUCACUAGCACCAACUGGGCAAGCCGAGAAUGGAGAACAGGAGAUACUCCCUGAGUGGGGAUGGGUCUGAUAUCUAGCUGUUCUUACCACUUCCACUCAGGCCCCCAGAAUGGAGCAGCCAGAGCCUCCAGCCUGCACAGCAGCCGGGCAGGAGGAACAGGAGCUGCGGGAGCGGGCCUUCUUCUCCUGGGCAGAGUUCAGCUGCUUCUUUGAUGCAUGGUGCCAGCAGCGGCUAGCACUCUUCUUCGUCAAGAGUUCCAUGCACCUGGCACGCUGUCGGUGGGCCAGCACACCCCAACUCUACACACUCAUCGAUGUGCUCAAGUACAGCUACGUACGGCUGGUGUGCAAGGAUGUGCGUGCGCCCGCUCGGCCCAUCGUGGGGUGAAGCUGGUAUUCGUGGAAGACCAGGCGGUGGUGGAGACCGUGUUCUUCCUUACGUCGCGCACCAGGGCGCUACUGCGGCGCUUCCCGCGCAUUCUCCUGGUGGACCGCUUGCCAGGGUUGCAGGGCGCGCUGGACUUGGUGGCUGUACUGUGUGUGGACGGCACAGGGCGCGCUCGACAGGCCGCCUGCUGCGUGGCGCGCCCAGGCACGCCAAGCCUGCUGCGCUUCGCACUUGCUUCCCUGCUGCAAAGUGCGCCUGACGUCAAGAGCCGCGUGCGCUGCCUCACAGCCGGGCCUGAGGUGGCAGCCCAGCUGCCCGCCCUGCGUCAGCUGUUGCCCUGCGCGCGUGUGCAGAUCUGCCGAGCGCAGGGCCUGGAGACACUGUUCAGCAAGGCGCAAGAGCUGGGUGGCGCCGGCUGCGAGGACCCCGGGCUAUGGCCGCGCCUGUGCCGCCUGGCUGGCGCAUCGUCGCCCGCUGCCUACGACGAGGCCCUGACGGAGCUGUAUGCCCACGGCCCAGCCGCCUUCGUCGACUACUUUGAACGCAACUGGGAGCCCCGCCGCGACAUGUGGGUGCGCUUCUGUGCCUUUGAGGCGACCCGAGAUCUGGAUGCAUGCGCCCUGGUCCGCAGCCACCGCCGGCGACUGUUGGGCCACCUCAGCCCCUCGCUUAGCGUGGCUCAGUGCCUUCGCGACCUGGUGGCCAUGCAGUGGGCUGAUGCCGCUGGUGAGGCAGCGCCCGAGGGUCUUGACAGAGGUGGGGAGUGGCUGGAGGGUGAGCCAGGGACAGGGGUCCUGGUGGAAAAUGAAAAAGUGAAGAACCUGGAGACCGGGGACCCGGGAAGGGCUCUGAAAGACGGAAGUAUUUGGAGAGGGCCACACAUGGAGAAAGAGUGGGCCACAGGACUCGAGACUACAGACAGGGGUGGGGCUAAAUUGGAAAGUGAGAAAGGGAGGGGGCUACAGAUCAGAGAUUGGAGAGGAGUCCAGUUGGAGAACCAGAAGGUGAAGGGGCUGGAAGGGAGUGUCUGGAGAGGGUCCCAGUUGGAGAAAGAGCACUUGAGAGGGCCAGAGAUCAGAGACUCGAGGGGAAGCCAAGAGGAGGAGCAGGGCCUAAAAGGAUUGGAAGGGUAUUCCUGGAGGAUGGUCCAGUUGCAGGAUCGAAGGAGUAGGCCAUUGGAGACCACAGACCAGAGGGGGACCCAGUUUGAGUAUGAGAGGGCUAGGGGUCUUGAAGGAAGCCUGUGGAGAGGGGCCCAGCUGCAUGAUGAAAGGGCAAGUGAUUUGAAAACCAGAGAGUGGAAAGGGCCCCAGAUGGAGGCAGAGAAAGGGAGGGGGCUGGGGGUCAGAAACUGGAGGGGGACCCACUUGGAGAAGCCCCUGGCCCUGGAGUUGGCCCCUGAGAACGGAGAGCAAAAGGGGCCCCAGUGGGGAGAUGAGAAGAAGAGAGGGCCAGACAUUGCAGAAGAGAGGGGAGUGAGAGUGGGGGCCAGAAGAAGGGGCCUGGAGGACCUAGUUUUGGUCCAGCUGGGGGAAACAAGGGGUACAGGUGUGGAGAAUGGGGAUGGAGAAAGAGCCCAGUCAGUGGGCGCCAAGAGCCGGGCAGGAAAAGGGAUGGAGUGGGAAGAUACAGGAGGGAGGUGUCUGGGGCUAGGGAAUGGAGCUGUGUGUUGUGCUCACCUGGGGACUGUAUGUGAAAGCCAUCCAGAAUGGGCAGUGACAAGGAGUGAGAACCUGCAGGAAGGAGGCGAAGGAGAAGGCCCAAGGGAACCAAAGACACUUUGCCAGGCCUCAGGAGAGGAGGAAGUGGAUUGGGAGCCCCUGGCCAAAUUCCGAGCAGCCUGUGGACCAGAGCUGGCAGACCUAGUAGCUGAAGAGCUCGCCUUUGCCAGGCAGCAUGGGACCCGGGGUUUCCACUGGACUGGAGCUGGCUUUGCCCUUAAAGACGGCACCUCAGACUUCUACCUGGAUGGGGCCCUGACGUGCUGCACCUGCUCAAUCCAUGCAGCGAGACGUCUGCCCUGCCGACACCUCUUUGCCGCACGCCUCCUCACUGGCGCAGCCUUAUUCCACGUGGACCUCCUCAGGGAUUGCUGGGGAAGAGCCCCAGAGCCCUGACCUUUCGGGUACCUAACUACCUCACUCCAGUGUGAGUGCAGGAGGGCUUUCUUCUAUCCCAAAGAUAACAGGGCUGAGGCUGGAGAGACCAGCCCAGUCCCUCUGGCCACCUCUUGAGUCAUCCAGGAACCUCAUCUUGGCAGCUUGCCUCUCUGGAUCCAAGGGGAAGCUGACACAGCUGGGGGAGGUGUUGAUGACCAGGGUGGAUUCUGAGGGCUUCCCUCAGGAGAGGAAAUGUAUCUGAGAGGUGUAGACAGGGUCAAGCUAGUGCAGAAGGAAGGAAAAGGGGUGGGGGUGGGGUGGGUGCCUGGCAAGAGUAGACUUGUCUAUGGAGUGCUGGACAAUGGGAGAAAAGCAAGGGAGAAAGUGCAGUAUGAGAAGGCAGAUGGAGAGGUCAGGGGAGAAAGAAGGGCAGAAGUGGAGGGGAGAGGCCAAGAGAAGAGGGAGGUGAGGAGAAGCAGAGGGAGGCAGGAGAGAUGAGGGUGGAGAGAAGGGACCAAGGAUGGAGGAGGGGGGGAUGGAGAUGAGAGGAAGCAAAGGUAUGGAAGAAGAUGAGAAGGAAGUGAUUUUGGUAUUUCUCUAAGACCUUGGGACUUGGAACCCCUUUGCCUUCUGUUUGGCUGUUCCUGGGAGACAGCAGGAAGAAGCACUGGGAGUCUGGGGAGGGGCUGGAGACUCCAUGGGGAGAGGAACUGUUUGGACUAUCGUGCUUCAAGAUUGGAAUAAAACAGUAUUAUUUUGGU